UAUAGGAAGGGGUUCUUUACUGUAAGGACAGUCAGGUUAUGGGAUUCCCUACCAAGAGAGGGGGAAUGAGUGAUUCAUUGGUGGGGAGGAAAGGAGAUCUCACCAUCCGCAUAGGAAGGGGUUCUUAAUUUUAUGGGCAGUCAGGUUAUUGGAUUCCCUACCAAGAAAGGGGGAAUGAGUGAUUCAUUGGUGGGGAGGAAAGGAGAUCUCCCCAUCAGCAAAGGAAGGGGUUCUUUAAUGUAAGGGCAGUCAGGUUAUCUGAUUAUCUACCAAAGAAGAGAGUAAGGUAUAAUUCAUUGGGGGUCUUUCAAAAUAAAUGGGGGGGGGGCAUGCCAAACACAGACUUUCAUUUACUCUAGUGUACAGCAGGCUCCAUCAUUGCAGACUGAGAAUGCUGGGAGGUGUAGUUCAUAGCAUCUGAGGCAAUGCUGGUUUUGCAGAUCUGUGCCUGUGCGUCUCAUGAGCUCCUACUUGGGAUCCAGCGGGACAGAGCGAGCGACUAAUUAAACAUUGUAGAUCCGAUAUACAGAUGUUUAUUGAUCUCUAAUUGAAGUCAAAACCUGGAUGUAGCGACGUUGUGUAAUCUGUGUAAGGACAAACAAAACGCAGCUGUUUCCUUAAUUUGUUCAACAAUCGCACGUCAUUGGCAACAUUGGCAACACGCGCGCUCUUUCCUUAAAAUACUCAAUAAAGGGAGUAUCGCCUUCACCUGCUGUGAAUUAUAAGGAUUAAAGGCCAUGUCAAAUGUGUUGCUGAAUCACAACUCCCAGUUGAUUCAGGAAAAAGCAUGCUGGGAACAGUAGUCCAGCAACACCAAUGCCAUCAAUUUUCCCAAAGCUCCACCAGUGGUCCGUUUUGUGGUCAUUAUUUAAGGUGGUUAAUAAUAAUUUACAUCAACCUCCACCCCAUGAAGUUAAGAAUGUAGGCUUGUGACACUCAUGGGGGGACUGCAGUGGUUAAACCUGAGGUCGCUGUUCCCACACGGUGGCCUUGUUUGAAGUAACUAGUUGGAUAUGAGUAGGGGGUGACACUAAGUAUCUUCUACGUUUCAUAUAUAAGACUGCGACCUCAAAUGAGCUUCAGAAUUCAAGUGUUCCACUAGAGAACGUCCCUUAGAAAAUUCCUCCUUCACAACAUGUGACUUCCUUGGGUUCAGACUUCUCCUGCUGGGACCACAUGUGUUGCAUUACAUUGGUCUUCUUCUUAUACGUUAGUUAGAUAAUUGUUUUUCAUCUGAUGGAGUCCACGUAACUGUAAGAGCAGAAGAUAAAGCUCCCAGGUUUUCCUGGAGCUGAGGACCUUGGUGUGGACGACUAGUAGUUCCCAGACUAAAAAGCGCUACUAUCUUUGUUAUUAUAAGUUUAUUAUAAGUUUACAUGGUAAUUGUUUUUUGUCCGACAGAAAAUCCAUGAGGCAAUCGUGAGACCUACUGAAGAUGCAGAUACUUCACAAGAUGCCUCAUCCAGAUCUUCUCCUCAUCCUGAAGGUCUCCGUUUUUCUUUUUUGAUCCACCAGCUUCAGUGCGGGCUUCUAGUGGAUCUCAGGAUAUAAAUCUGCUGAAGCGGGCAUUGAUAUGAACCCACUCAGACCUGGGGUUGCAAAUACAUCUUAUCUAUGCGGGUUACGAUGGCCAUAGAUGUGCAGAUUAUAGUCUACGUCUGACGAAACGAUCAUCCAUGCCAAUCCUAUAGCCGAUCUGACCUGCAAUUAACCGAUUAAAAUAAAGUAGCAAUCGUACGAAAGUUAUGUCCAACAAAUAGUAGAGACCCAUUGUGUCGCCAGAUAGUCAAUACAUGCAGAGAUCUUAUCGGUAGACGAUAUAAAUCUUUGAACCUGUCCGACUGACCGACCGAUCGCCAUGGUAUGAAAUUCUUCGUUUCAUACGAUGCUAUCUUUGCGUCUGUGUUUAGGGUGAGUAGUGGUUCUAGAGAUCUUUGAGACAACAUAUGUUGCACCAUGGAACCUUGACCUUUCCGCGUAGCUGGUAACUUUUUUGCACCUCCACACCUCCAUGUCUUGCAAUGUCACAAGUUUAAGUAAGGUCAGAAAAAUCUUAUGCCACAAUGAGUUUAGGGUUAGAUUCCAAUUUACUCGCUUAGUACCCAGCCUGCAAGGCCCACCUCAUAAGAAGAGGCAGAAGCAGAUGUUGGAAAAGGCAGGUAUCCUCCUACCAACAUCUCCUCACUCUAAAUAUCGGAGAGAGAGAGAGGCGACAUGAGUGCAGAUCUAUAUUUUUAUGUAUUAUCUGGGGAAAUGGUUUUCAGAAGACAAUGUAUGAAUGGAGUGUUUACCUUCUAUCUGAUAAAACCAAACAUAGUGCAACAGACGAUGGUUGUCAUGAGCAGGUGAAGGUCCUUGUUCUCACCCUGUGCCAUUCGUUCAGCAAAAUAUUCACCCGAGGUGACAACAUUUCAGUGUAACCGUAAUAUCACCAGGACCCAUGGAGAAGACCUUUCAUUUCCUCGUUGACACAAACAAUAGAUUAUUUCCCGGACAUUUUAAUGCGGCUCGCUGGUUACCUUGGUAGACCGACUGCAGGAACAAACAAAUUUGAAAGCAUUUUUGAGCCCAGCCAGAGGCAAACAGUGGAAAGAGUCUGCUGCUGAAGGAUGGGAGAAACUUCUGAGCAGAGAGCUGGCUCGGAUUUUUGCCAGAAAGCGGAUAGUUUCCUGGGCAUCAUCCAAAGCAAGGUUUUCCCUGCAACUUUUCUCUUCGUUGUCUUGGUGGGACUCACGUUGAAUUUGUCCGUCAUCUGGAUUCUCUUUUCUCGUAUCAAACGUUGGACCCGGAGCACGGUUUUCCUCUGUAACUUGGCAUUGGCUGACGUCGCUUGGAUAUUGUGCCUUCCGUGUCUUAUCUACUAUCAUUUCAAUGGACUGGACUGGAGUUUUGGGGAUGCACUUUGCAAGGUGACCAGGACCUUAUACCAUAGCUGCUUCUACUGCAGCAUUUAUUUUGUUAGCUGCUUGAGCAUAGAUAGGUAUCUGGCUAUUGUCCAUCCGCUCAAGUCGCUACGGUUGCUUAGGAAGAGCCAAGCCCUUGUGCUUUGCUUGUCCAUCUGGGCAAUAACCUUCAUUACUAGUGCGCCAGUAGCCUUCAUAGCCAGUACAGAGAUGUGUCCAAACAAUAAAACCAUUUGCUCCCUUUAUGUUUUUUCCCAGAACACCAAUAUUUCCCUUCCCCUUUCUUUAUUUACCACGAUGGUCGGUUGUCUCCUUCCAUUUGUCUCCAUAUGUUACUGUUACUGUAGCAGCUUGGGGCAACUGCGUGAACUCCAGAGGUUGAAGAAGCGGGACCUGUUGAUGAAGCUCAUGUUUUCCGCUUGGGUCAUUUUUGCUCUUCUCUAUCUCCCGUAUCACGCUUCGAGGAAUUCUUGUAUUAUACUAAGAGUGAUUCAACCCAAGCUGGACAAAGCCAUUGAAACUGCCGACGCAGUGUUCUUCGUAGAGAUGGCGGUGUCUAGCCUGAACACUUGCAUCAACCCUCUGUUUUGUUUCUUGGCCGGGGCAGAAUUUCGGGAACAGGUCUGCAAGAUCGCACACUCAAUGAAACCCUUGAAGAGUUGGAACAGAAGCAGAAGGGUAUGUCCGAUGUAGUCCCACUGGGCUUUAGCGUUGGCUUCAAAAAGUUGCGAUCAGUAAAAAUAAGAACCUUUAUAAAAGCAAAGUACUGGGUCAGGACAAUAGUAUCGGCAUUGCCCAACCAUUGCCCUAACACUGGCUCCUUUCCAAACUUUUUAUGAGAGAUGGUGUCAGCAUUUUGCAGUUGUCAAUUCCCAUCUUGUAGAUAGAGGACCUGACAGGGAACUUCAAUAUGUCUUUUCCUAUGUAAGCACAGAACUGUGACUGGCUACCCACAAUCCACUGUUACCCACAAACCAACCAAAGAAGAUCUAUUUAAAAAUCUGAUAAAAAUGUAUUUUAUUGUAUAUUGAUUGUGUGUAACAAUAAAGUCACUGCUGAAGGUUCACUGGAGACUGGAGAGUCUUUCGAGCUCCUGAAAUAAAGGAAUUCCUACACCA